CAUAAAGCUGUAAUUUUUAAAGCCCAUUAAUUUAUAAGCACAAAAGCUGAUGAAUCCCUCAAGCAUUGUCCCAUUCUCCCUCUCCUUCUCUCUCUCUCUCUCUCUUCUUUCUCUCUCUUCCCCCACCUCUUUUAAUCUUCAAACCCUUUCAUGAAAACCUCACCUUUUUCCCCCCAUGGUGGCUGAUCUCUCCUCUCUUGACCCUUUGUCUAAUUGCUUUCAUACCAAUGGAACCAAUUCCAAAAGAAAAAGACGACCCGCGGGCACUCCUGACCCAGAUGCCGAGGUGGUUUCUCUCUCUCCGAAAACCCUAUUGGAAUCAGAUAGUUACGUAUGUGAAAUAUGUCAUCAGGGUUUUCAGAGAGAUCAGAAUCUACAAAUGCAUCGGCGUCGACAUAAGGUGCCGUGGAAGCUGUUGAAGAGGACUGAGACGACGACGACGACGACGACGCGUAAACGGGUGUUUGUUUGUCCGGAACCGAGCUGCUUACAUCAUAACCCUACUCAUGCUUUGGGGGAUUUGGUGGGAAUUAAGAAACACUUUAGAAGAAAACAUAGUAACCAUAAGCAAUGGGUAUGUGAAAAAUGCUCUAAAGGGUAUGCUGUUCAAUCUGAUUACAAAGCUCAUCUCAAAACGUGUGGGACUAGAGGCCAUUCAUGUGACUGUGGUCGAGUUUUCUCAAGGGUGGAGAGUUUCAUAGAGCAUCAAGAUAGUUGCAAAUUGGGUCAUCAUCAACAACCAGAAAAGGAGGCAUCUUUACAACCACCACCACCACCACCACCUUGUUUAUCAAGAACAGCUUCAAGCCCAACUCCAACUCCUUCUUCAGAUACAAAUUUCAGCUUCUUAAACCAAACCCACACACCAAAAACUCCCCAAAAACUCAUCACCCAUCAUCAAAAUUUGGACCUUCAACUUUCAACCUCUUCAAAUUCCAUUAAAGUUUCAGUUUCUCCAAAAAAACAUGAAAUUUACUCAACCCAUUUGCAGCUUUCAAUUGGGUCUUGCAAUUAUGGUGACAAAAAUGAACAAAAAGAUCAUUACCAAAUGAAUUUUGAUGAACAAAUUGGAAAUGGGUUGAAUUUAUUGAAGCUGAAAGAAGAAGCUAUAGAGAGAAUGAGAGUGGCAAGGGAAGAGAAGGCAGUGGCUGAAGAAGCAAGAAAUGAAGCAAAGAAACAGAUUGAAUUGGCUGAGAAGGAGUUAGCCAAUGCCAAGAGAAUGAGACAACAAGCUCAAGCUGAGCUACAAAGAGCUCUUGCUUUGAAAGAACAUGCCAUCAACAAAAUCAACUCCACCAUCCUUCAAAUCACUUGCCAAGUUUGUAGGCAACACUUUCAUCCAUUGCACAAAACUUGAAUGUUUGCUUACCCUUCUCCCCUUUUUAAUCAAACAAAUUACUAUUCGUUUUUUUA